CAACGCACGCUCCCUAGACGAAAAAGCCGAUAUGCGAUACGAGCCCGAGGAACGAAUGUCGCCCCAUCCUACAUUCCAAACCCUCAAUUUGCCGCCGAUCCUUUACAGCGGUGGCAAGAUUCACCGCCGGAAGAUGAGCCGGCCUCGCUGUCAGCGAUCAUGGAAUCCCUGAGAAAAUAUCCGGGUUACCGGCAUCGAACCACGUCGAUACCCAGCUCACAAAGUAGCGCCCGCAGUGUCUCUUCGCAGCCCUCCUCCACCUCGGCCAAAUCGGCAACCUCCCAGAAGUCCCAAGGUCCGAUGCGGUCUUCCAGAAAGCGCGCCACUGGACGCGUGCGUAAGGGCCGGAGUGCGAAAAUGAAUCCCGGGGAAAAAGGCCGUCUGUUUUGUUGCACCUUUUGUUGCGAUCAGUUCCGAACCAAAUAUGACUGGGCUCGACAUGAAAAGUCUCUCCAUUUGAACCUGGAAGAAUGGGUCUGUGCACCCCAAGGCGGGACGGUAGUUUCUCCUUCUACUGGGACAAGGCAUUGCGCGUUUUGCGACAUGCCAGCCCCGACAGCGGAACACCUUACCGAACAUAAGUAUGAGCAUUGCAUGGGUGGCACGCGCACUUUCCGUCGCAAGGACCAUCUGGUACAACAUCUGCGACGGACGCAUCAUCUUGAGACUCUACCUCAGAUCGAUGACUGGAAGGUCCAAGGGCCUCCAGUUACGUCUCGCUGCGGUUUCUGUGACCAGAGGCUAUCGUCCUGGGAAGAGCGAGUCGAUCACCUCGGCAGUCACUUCCGCGGUGGAUCGACGAUGGACGACUGGCGAGGGGACCAUGAAUUCCCUCCGGCUAUUGCUAAACUUGUGGUGAACUCGCUGCCACCGUACCACAUUGCUUCGGAUUCGCGGGUUCUUGUGCCGUUCUCAGCCACAAACUUCCACCACUACGACCAUCUCAACCAGAUAAAAUCACGACUGGGGACGAGCGAGUUGAAUGCCCGUGACCAUGAACUGAAUGUUGACGGCCAUCUAGGGUCCUUUGGAGAAUCAGCCAGUGCUGGGUCAGGGAACGAUAUGAUCGAGGUACUUGUGUUUCACCUGAGUCGCUUCGCGCGCCAGCAGAUGGACAAGGGGAUUAUUCCUACGGAUGAAAUGCUGCAGCAGGAGUCGAGGCGACUGGUUUACGACUGCGAAGAUUCAUGGAAUCAGACCAUCUUCGACAAUCCGAAGUGGAUUGCUGCCUUCAGACGCCAGCAUAUC